AUGAUUUCAGUUUCAGAAAAUCAGCUUUUGGGUAAUCUUGAUAGGUUGAUUUUGGGUUAUGAGCUUCCUAAUCUUGAAGAACUCUGUUUGAACCAAAAUAAUUUCUAUGGAAGAAUACCAAAUUCAAUUGCAAAUUCUUCUGAACUCACUAUAAUAAACCUAUCUUUCAACAAUUUUACUGGACCGAUUCCCAACGUCUUUGGAGAUUUAAGAUUCCUUGAAGUUGCAUACUUGGGUGGCAACAAUUUUAUUAGUGAAUCUCCAGAAUUGAGCUUCAUCACUUCAUUCACGAACUGUAGAUUUUUAAUAAAGUUGGGUUUUGAUGAUAAUCCCUUGAAUGGCAUUCUUCCAGUUUCAGUUGUAAAUCUUUCUACUUCUCUUCAAUAUCUCUAUGGUUAUAAUUGUCAUCUUAGAGGUAGCAUUCGAAAUGAAAUUGGAAAUCCCAGCAGUUUGAUAGCGUUAAGUCUGUAUGGCAAUCAGUUGACAGGAUCAAUACCAUCAAGCGUGGUGGAUUUGCAAAAGCUUCAAGGAUUAGCUCUUUCCCGCAACAAAAUAAGUGGACAUAUCCCGGAUACUCUUUGUGAACCUCACAAUUUAAAUGGAUCGUUGUUGUCUCAUAAUCUAAUAACAGGUGCCAUCCCAGACUGCAUGGGGAAUAUAACUACACUAAGAAAUAGGGAAUCUAAAGUUGCAACUCUUAUUGAUUUAUUAGUGAAUCAGUUCUCAGGUAGCAUUCCAAUCACAAUUGGAGAUUUACAGAGCUUAGUCAAGCUUUCCUUAGCACAUAACACACUGCAAGGGUUUAUUCCCGAGUCAAUGGGUAAGCUGCUGAACUUGGAGCGACCCGAUCUAAAUAACAACAAUCUUUCUGUUAAAAUUCCAAAGUCUUUGGAGCCACUUAAUUAUCUCACAUACUUUGAUGUUUCAUUCAAUGAUUUAAGUGGUGAAGUUCCCUCUGGUGGUCCUUUCAAAAACUUUCCAAGUCGAUUCUUCGGGUCUAAUAAAGGACUAUGUGGUGAUCCUGUAUAUGGUCUCCCACCAUGUCAUACUAUUUGA